AUGCCAGGCCUGCACAUGUCUGCCUACGCUCCGCCAGGCACCAUGGCGUGGUCGGUUCCUCAGUACCCAGCAGCCGUGUCGACACAGUCGAUGCUGAUACCAGAGCUCAAGUUCUUCAUCGAGCGAGAUGACGGUUCUCUCAUCCCUCUUGUUCCUGUCGAUGAACUCCCAGACGACAUCCGCUUGGUUGGUGUGCCUCUGAGCCUGAGUGCCUCGCAAGCAAAGGAUAUGCUCUUCCUUGGACUUGAUUCAUCUGUCAGAAAGAAGUUUUCGCUUGCUGGAUCUAUGAACAUCAAGGAGUCAAUGGCUCCCACGCCAAUCGCGAUGAAAUAUACACCUCAACCCGAGAUAGCUCUUCACAACAAUCACGUACCUCAGGUAGUUCUUACAGCUUUGACUUUCUCUCUCUCUUCUGACGUGACUCGCAUAGCCNNUGUUCGUACGCAGACCUUUUCUGCGCCCACACCUGCAUUCGUUCCCGCUCCCCAGCCACUCAAUGUGGCCAAGCCGAGACCUCUCUACAACGAACGCCCUCUUCCGCCUUCUGGAAUUGAGCCUGAUCAGAAGAAGAAGAUCUACUGUACCUACUGGAUCCAGCACCAAGGUCAAUGCUCGUUCAAGCAGCAAGGUUGCAUAUACAAACAUGAGAUACCCGAGGACAAGGAAACACUUAACUCGAUAGGCCUGAAGUCGGUGCCUGCCUGGUGGCGCAAAGAGCAAGCACGCAAGAAGCAGAGGGGAAAGCGCCCCGAACGUAACGGUUCGAGCUCAGAGUGGGAAGUGGUCGAGCAACAGCAGACCGACAACUCUGCUCUUCAUAGUGACGAUCCUGUUCGUGUUCGCGUGCCACUCUGGCGUCCAAACGGCGUUCCAAUCACCCAAGAGGUUACCCAGAAGCAUCGUCCGGAGUUAUCUGCUCAGAAGGAUGCCUCUAUUUCUGACGUUCCAUCUGAUGCCGCUACUGCUGGCAGCUCGGCUCCAGGGCCAUAUUCUCCUCCUGGUGGUGUCAAACUGGGUGCUGCCAAGACCCCUGUACGCGGUCCUCCAUCUCUGCCAUUUAGGAAGCAAACUCUGGACUCGCCCAUCGAAGACGAAGAAGAAGAGAAUCUUCUCGACUUCGAAGUUCUUGUGCCGUCGUCAUCUCCAGACAUCCCUCCACCCUCUCACUUGAGUCCUGAACCACUUACCCAUCGCCAGUCGAAGUCAGAGGUGGUAUCUAGACGCUCAAGAAUCGUUGCUAAGGGCGGUGUGUCUAUCUCCCCAGGCAGAGGUACUCGCUCAAGCAACACUAAUAGCACUCGACGCGGCUCUGCAGACAAGAAGAUUAGCCCCGAAUCACCUACUGGACAGCACAACAACACGACCCAGGGCAGGGUUGAGGUGGGCAGAGAGAAGGUUGAGUAUGGCAAUGGCGUGUCCAGAAGAGGCAGACUCAANGUGACUCCACUCGCAGGAGCCGUGGCCAAGGCUGCAGGCGAGGUUGGCAUGCGGUCAGAUCAUGAGGCUUGA